UAAUCUAAAAAAGAAAGAAACUUUAAACGUCCCCUCGCAACAAAUUCAAAACUAUCUUUUUACGAUACGUCAAUGUAAAAAUAUAUCUUUUGUGCGAUUUUUUUUUGUUAUUUGUUACGGCCAGUGCUAUUUAUUGUGUAGUUUAUUUAUAUUAUAGACUGUUAAUGCCGUGUUUAGUGUUCGAAGUAAAUACGAAAAGAUCUUCAUUACUACAUUCGAAUUCACCAAUCAUCCCUGGAUACAUUCCGCAGAGCAGUACGCAGAGGUAUGCUAAUUCAUUAAUUGUUUAGAUAUUAUAACGCAGAAGCGUUAAAACUACGGUUUUUAACCAGCAUUGGUAUAUAAGAUGUGACAAAACCAUGGCAGCCACAGACGGGCAAAUCGUUGUCGCUGCCUCGCGCUGGUCUGAUGAGGGGAAUUACUUAAGAGAGUUCGUCGCCAAGAACCGCCUUCCGAGCGUCGCCAAGAUCAUCAAAGGACAGUAUGGAGGCCUGGGUGUCCCGACCUUACCGAGCCCCGGACUACAGAGCACAGCGAUCUUUAUAUCAGCGGGAAAGAGAAAGAAAAUCAUCGCCCAAGCUAUCAAACUCAAAGAAGGACGUCGCAUGGUACCCGUAGGGCCGAGAAUCGCCAUCCCAGACACGUAUAGAGGAUACUUCGAGUUGCUUAGUGAAGAAGGUAGGGCGGUCAGAUGUAUUGAGACAGUAACUGAACUAUCUAGACGGAAACUAGACGAUGGCUGCUUGGUUAGAGAUCCUAUUAGAGUAAUUUGCGGGAAAACAGAUUUAGAUGGUAAUAUCACAGCGGAUGGAACCAGAAACUUACCCGCCGGCGAAAUAAUAAUGCCUAAAGGUGAAACGUUCUUGGGUAAGAAUAAGUAUUUGAAAUGCACAGACUCAAAAGGAGAUCUGAUCUUGUUGAGCCUGGAUCAGAGAGGAAAGUUUUCCGCUAUCGCUAAAGAAGAGAACAUCAGUGGAGUUCACACCGCUAAGACUUUGCUGACGAAACGACUGCCGAUAACGGUAAGACUAGUGCACGGAACUCCGCCGCGAGGAUUGAAGAGUGCAAGCCAUUUCGUUCCUGAAAUAAGACUGCUUUCGAUGUUCGAAGAAGAACAUGUUUUCGCUCUGCCACUACCCAAAGAAGGCAAUGCAUUAGUUGCUUUACCUCUAGCUGCUCCUCUCAAAUUGCAGAAGUGCAAAAACGAGGAACUAAUUAAGAAUUUCAUGGAAUUCUCAAGAUUAGUCGAGAAAUGUAACAGACUGCUGACUGACGUUGUUGACAGGAUGCACGUACUCGAUGGCAAAUUGGGAGACCCAAAACGACUCCUUAAUGGCCCAUUAAACGCACCACCGUUAGUUAAAACCGGUUACUUUUUACGGCGCAGCGCGUCAUCCGAUUCCGCGAACCAACACAAGCAUCUGAGACACAAUCACAUUUACAGCAGUCAUCGAGACGAGAACAGCAUUCCCGACGAAUAUGAUGAGAUCGACCAAAUUUACGACUACGUCAGGGGUUUCGCUCCAUUACCGAAAAGCAUUAAGGCAUCUUAUUCCAACGAUCCUCCUCCUAGACAUGAAUCGGCCCCCGCUUCGCCGGCAGCCACGCCCAUCCACAUGCCACUAAUCACGGAGAUCAAGCCAGAGCCGCCCCCCAUUGAAACGAUCCCCACCAAAAAGCCAUUGAACAUUCAGAAAGCAGAGAAAAGAACCCGAAAAUCAAUUGUGCCGAAAGAGGCACCGGUGAUUGUCUACAAAGAAAAAUGCUCUGUGGCGCAAGUACCGAACUUACCGAAGCUGUUCAUAAAAAACAACAUGAACAACAGCAAAACUAAAAUAGUUUUCAGGCAGAAAAGUAGCUCGCCCACAAAAGAAACGCCUAGUCCCUUAGCUAGUCCAGUCAGACCUUUAACUAAGGGCGAUUCGCCUAUCUUCAACAUAAGGUAUAAGAGUCUUUCAAACAUUCACCAAGCCAUGGAGUUAGAUGGAACGCUGGACUCCAGUCAUUCAGGUGGCAGGACAUCUGGAGAUUCUGGCAAUGGACCGAAAUUACCCGAGAAACGAUCUAGGAAGAUAAGCAGACCAAAAAGCUUGACGAACUUGGUCUGGGAACUUAAGGGGUGUCCGGUUGAUGAGAAACCAAAAGCUAGGGUGAAAAAAGAGAAUUACAAGAACGUUACCUCUAAAUUGUCUCUGGGUGCGCAGAAGCGGGUACCAACGCUUUACCUUUGAAAUAAUGACGACUUUGGGCUCGACGUGAAACGAAAAGAAGAAUGAAAAGAAUAAAUGAACAAAAGAAUCAACAAAGACGAAUUUAAUACAGAUUUCGACAGAAGAUUUGAAAAACAGCACGUUACGACAGAAAUCGUAAAAUAAUCUAAUGUUUCAUUCAACUCGGUCCAUCCGAUAAAUGAUAACAAAUAAUGCAAUUUAUUUGAUUUAAUUAUUCCAAUUAUCUGGUUUUAUUUUUAAUGAAGUAUUAAAUUGUUAGUUAUUGUAAUAAAAAGUUUAUUUUAAUAAGAUGUACUAACAAAGCUAUCAAUCACCAAUUGGUUUAUAAUUUUGCACGGAGAUUGAACUCCUCUUGAACGAAAACAUUAUAGUGAAAAAUUAUCAUAUACUAGCUGACCCGGCAGACUUCGUAGUGCCUCAAUCGAUAAAU